AUGGAUGUGUCUGCGGAGUCUGGUAGUGAUGAACCUGGAGUUUUGAAAGAGGUUGACUGCUAUAUAUCCCCAGCUAUGCAGAAGCAAAUCCUAUUGCUUUUGUAUAAAAAUCGAGAGAAUUAUCACACACUAGAUAAUGAGUCAAUUAAAGAAGCUCGUAUUAAGCCGAAUCUUGAUUUGCUUGAAUUUGUUGUUGAGGAUGGGCGGAGUUCUUUUGUUGAAUCUGUUGGGGAGCAGAUAGACACAUAUUUACUUCGGUCAAACACCGUCGCAUUUCCGAGGACGUUACUGGGGUACUUUGUCAAUGAUGAAUGCCACUUUAUACCGCUUAAACGAGACGCUUUGGUUUUGGAUACGUGUAAAGAAGCAGCUAAAGUUGAUAAGACAAACCAGAAUUCUGAUUCAUCAACUUCAACUCCUGUGGGUCCCGCAGCAUUCGUUUCUGCCCGUCUUAGGACUGCUGAUGCAAUUGCACUACGAGGUCCUAUGGCGAGUCGUCGUAAGCCUGCAGAUAGUGAUCCUGAUGUUAUAUUUCUGAAACAACAGGUCCAAGCACCAUGGUGCCCAGUACACUACAAACGAUUUAUUCCUAGUGAAGCCUUUGAAAGGCGUAUUCCUUUAUUGUAUCCAAAUGAUGAUAUGCCAGAAUUGACUAGAAAUCGUGUAACAGGUCCAAGUCAAGAAGAAUAUGUGAACAAUUUGUUAGCUUCAGUAACACCACAUGUCGUUGAUCGUAGUCGCACGGAGCCUGUUAAACUGCCUACUUUGGGAGAACUCAUUCAAACAAUAAUGAUAAAAGCACAACUUAUUCGAUUCGACAAGUUAGUUAUUUGUUUACGUGAACGCUUCAAAGAUCCACAUUCAGUUACUAAUACUAGUGUUUUGCAAUACUUACCGACAUUUGCUGUUCUACUCCGCGGAUGGUGGGUCGCUAAAAGUGAAAUACUUUAUCCUCCAAAUUCAUUCAGUGAACAUAGUGGUACACCAAAUACACUAUUGAUUCGGGCACGUGAUUAUAUUAUGGCUGUAUUUCAUCGCGGUGAACAUUUAACUCGUAAAACUAUUUCAUGCAUGACUAAAGUACCUACUGUUGAGGCUACGGAAAUACUGAAAUCUUUAGCUUGUAAAAUGUCAACUACUCAGAAAGGUUGUGCAAAUCAUUGGGAAUUUUAUCCGACCGAUUAUGAUUUUAUCAAAAAAUAUCCAGAUAUUGUACAACAACAACAAGUUGCUUGGGAAAUUCGCAUUCGUCAAUUAUGCACACAAUUAAAACUAGAACAUCUCGUAUCGGAUGGAGUUCGACGUAAACGUAAUCCUGGACAGCAUUCUGGUGAAAGUGGUUCAGAUUCUGACAGUGGCUUCAAAUCACUUGUUUCAGGAGUACAUAUUUCAACCCCUAGUAAAAAUACAAAUCGUAAACGUUUACGUCAAUCAAGUGUAUGUCAUACAACAGAUACUGAUAAAGAUGCCAAUAAUUCAUUAAAACCACCUGAUCGGAAACGUGUACGAACUCAAAGUCUUUCAUCGAGUUAUUCUUCUGGUUUAUCAUCUCCUCAUUCUACUACUACAAAAUUACCUUGUCUUCAAACAGAUGUUGUAUCGUCAAAAUUUUGUAUACCUACUAGUCCACCACCUGUGAAAAUAAAUUCUCCGAAACUAAAAGUAAAUAGUACACCUAUUUCUUCAGAUCUUCCCGAUAAUUCAUCAACUGCAUUAUCAACAAAUUCAUUUAAUAAUCAGACAGUUGGUUGCAAACUGGAACCUCCUACUCCUGAGGAUCGUGAUCCUGAUAUCCCUACUGCUGCUGCCGCGACUAGUGUUACUGAUUCAGAAAUGAAUGAACUCAAGCUUAAACGUUCUCCAUCAUCCCAUGAUAUAUCUCAAUCAGCUAUCAUGGACAACGGUCACAAUGAUACCAAUAGUAAUACUGAAUUAUCUAGUCAAACAGAUCUUAUUAGUAAUCAUAUUGGUUUACCAUGUACACCUUUACAAUCUGUUAAUGAUACUAAUAUAGACAAUAACGACAGUGUUUUAAAAUUUGACAGUGACAAUGAAAUGCCAGAAUUAUUAAUGAAUAAUUCAAUUAAUUUUGUAAAAAAUGUUUUAAAUACUCAACCAAUUGUAGCAUUGUCAGCAUUGACAAAAGUCUAUCAGCAACAGUUAGGUAAUUUUGAUGCAAACUUCUAUUCUACACUUUGGAAGAAUAGUCCACCACCUCCUCCAGGCUCUGAAAGUGAACGUGAAUUGUUAAAAACGUAUCUUUUGAAAGUUUUACAAACAAUUGAUGCACGUCAGUUAACAGUUUGUUGGCCAACUAUACCAACAGCACUUGAGAAAGAACCAUUAUUUGUAAUAAAAGUAGCUGGUCCCGAAUGUGGAGCUAUCAGUGAAUCAAUAGCACAGUUCCGUGAUAUAAUCUUAGCACUUUAUGAAUCUUUGCCAAGUUUCAAAAUGAAAGAUUUACAAGAAAAAUGCCCAAUCUUUCCACCAAAAGGCAUGUCUGAAAAAGCUAUGCGAACAUUCAUUAAACAAUACUGUAUAUUCAGACAUGGGAGAUACUUUCUACGUUGUACUGUUUCUGACGAUUAA